GGUAGCUAGGCCUAGGCUCUAGCUAUAUAUUGUACUUGUCAAAUCUAGACUCAAAGGUUGCAUAUUCUUGAUUGCUAGCUCAAGCUCCAAUUCCAAUAUAUUGAUCUUAUCCCCUAAGAAAUUUAGAAUGAGACAAAGAAUGGACAGGCUUGUCAUUCUUCCUUUCUCUGCUGGUUGCAUCUCUGAGGCCAGUGUUGCUGUUGGUGUUCCACAUCCAAGAAGAUCAAAACCAGACACCAAUGCAUCACCUCCUACAAUAAAACGGUCUAAAAGCGUCGAGGAUUCAGAGAUUUUGUCUGGUGAAAGCAUGAAGAACUCGUUGAGGCUGCUAGACGUUGUUCCAAAGUCUAACCUAUCCUACGGCUUCAAUAGACUGGUCAAGGGUUUCAAGAAUUUUUCUCAAUUGUUUGUGGAAAAAGAUGAGUUUGAAGAUGUGGAAAUAGACAUGGAAAUAGGGUGCCCAACAGAUGUGCAGCAUGUGACACACAUUGGUUGGGAUGGCAUUGCAACUUCUGCUGCUGACCCCAUGAAGGGAUGGGAUGCCCUUAUUCCUCCUGAGCUCCUCUCUCUAUCAUCCUCUCAAUCUUUAAAGCACCUGGACCUCCCUAAUUUGGAGGCAAAACAUGAUGAAGCAUCGUCUCCCGUUAAGCCUUCUCCUAAUUAAUACCACGUUUUGUUUUUAUACAUAUUUGAAACUAGAAAUGUGAUUUGAUGUGUUGUUGAGCAGAUAUAAAUAUAUAUUAAGGUGAGUUGAAUUUACAGUGUUUUUAGUUAUGUUUCAGAUUCUAUGUGAAUGUAUAAUUAAUUAAACCAA